UCAACAGAAACUGUUCUAAGCAUAGCUCCGCCAUUUAAAUGAGCGAACAGUCUUGCGCUAACACACGUACGGAGAAGACAUUAAUAAACUGCAGCAUUUGGCAUUAAAGUGAAGCAAAAUAAAGCCAAAAAUGAUUGCGAAACAUUUUCUAUCGAAAUUGCGUCCAAUCUCGGAGUUAUACGCAAGAGCAAUUCAUGCGAAAAAAUUCGCUACCACAUCUGAGCCAGCAAAAUUCAAUUGGCAAGAUCCACUCAAUUUAGAAUCACAGCUGACCGAAGAUGAGAUAGCCAUACGUGAUGCAUUCCGCAGUUACUGUGUAGACAAUUUGAUGCCGCGCAUCACCACAGCCAAUCGCAAUGAGAUAUUUCACAAGGAAAUUAUGGAAGAGAUGGGCAGUCUAGGUGCAUUAGGUUGUACAAUAAAUGGUUAUGGUUGUGCUGGUGUAUCAAAUGUGGCUUAUGGCUUGUUAGCCAGAGAGAUAGAGCGUGUAGAUUCUGCUUAUCGUUCUGCCUUGAGUGUGCAGAGUUCGUUGGCGAUGGGCGCAAUAUAUGAUUACGGCUCCGCUGUGCAAAAAGAAACUUACCUUCCACGUAUGGCGCAAGGCAAAUUAAUUGGAGCUUUUGGUUUAACUGAACCGAAUCACGGGAGCGACCCAGCAGGUAUGGAGACUCGAGCCAAAUAUGACAGUAGCAGUAAAUCGUAUAUACUAAAUGGCUCCAAAUCAUGGAUUACUAGCUCGCCGAUUGCAGAUGUUCUGAUUGUGUGGGCAAAGUGUGAGGAUGGAAAAGUACGAGGAUUCAUUGUGGACAGAGCACAAUCGGAUAAAGGUUUAGUUACGCCCAAAAUUGAAGGAAAAUUCUCUCUUCGCGCCUCUACGACUGGUAUGAUAUUAAUGGACGAUUUACAUGUGCCUGAAACGAACCUAUUGCCAAAAGUUGAAGGAUUUAGAGGUCCUUUCGGUUGCUUGAACAAUGCACGUUAUGGUAUUGCAUGGGGUGCAUUGGGUGCAGCUGAGUCAUGUUUGGAAAUUGCACGCCAAUAUACGCUAGAUCGACAACAAUUCAAACGACCACUGGCGGCAAAUCAAUUAAUACAGAAGAAGUUUGCUGACGCACAAGCCGAAAUUGCAUUGGGUCUGCAAGCAUGUCUUCAAGUAGGACGGCUAAAAGAACAAAAACUGCACACCCCGGAAAUGAUUUCUCUUAUCAAAAGAAAUAACUCAGGAAAAGCAUUGGAUAUAGCUCGUACUAUGCGUGAUGUUCUUGGCGCCAAUGGCAUAUCAGAUGAAUAUCAUAUUAUAAGGCAUUGCAUGAAUUUAGAAGCGGUGAAUACCUACGAAGGCACACACGACAUUCAUGCACUUAUUCUGGGACGUGCCAUUACCGGAAUAGCAGCGUUUGCUAAUUAAUAUUAGCUUAGGAACUUGCUCUUAGGCCUUUACUGCCUAAUGUAUAUAUCUGCAUUUAUUUUUAUACAAGUGUGUAUUACUUUGCAAAAGGUAACUCUGAGUGCUACAAUCAAAUGUUUUUUUUUUGUGAAAAAUAGAAUAAUUAUUCAACUGUUUCUAAUUAAACACAUAAUUUUAAAUGCUAAAAA